GGUUUCCUCCCAGGAGAGACGGACGUCCCGUUGGCACCGCGCCAGUUUCUGCCACCACCAUGACCGCCGCAUACCUCUGUUUAUACCACUAGUUCACCGCCUGUUGAGCAUCCUCCCCCCCGAGCACUCGAGCAGCUGCCGGCCCACAAACCUCGACCAUGGACGCUCGCCAGACGCACCCGAGCCCGUACGCUCACAUGCACAACCCAAACCACAACCCGAACCAGUCAAACCACCACCAGCCGCCGCCGCAGGCUCCUCGCGGGGGCUAUCCUCCGGCCUCGCAGCCGCAGCCGCCCGUCCAUAUUCCCUUCGCCGCCGACCCGUAUGCCUCCGCUCGCCGCGACCCGUUCUACCCUCCUGCGAACACACAAGAUGCCCGCCGCGGCAGCUACGGGGCGCUGGGCCCUGACAACGCGCCACCGGGCGAAAGACAGAUGGGAUGGGGCAAUUCAGCGCGUCCUCACAAUGCGGUCGAAGCCUCCCAGCUGCACAGCGGCCCUCCUCCACCGCCGUCAAUGAGCUCCUCGCACGGUACGCCAAACCAGUCGUAUCCCUAUGAUGCGUCGCGCAGACGCUCCCUAGGCGGCGCGAGCCCCCCGUCCCGCUAUGGAGGCCCAUCGCAUGAACCACCGCCUCCACCGCCAUCCUUUGCGCGACCGCACAUGCCCCCUCCGUCGUCGCCCCAGCAGCAGCUUCAGCAACACAAUCAUGCGUCGCAGUCCCAACGCGCGCCAUACGCUUCGGCUUUUGGUGGAAACCGGGAGCUUCCUGGGCUAGGCCAGGCGCAUCACCGACCAGGGAGCAGCAUGUCCAUCUCGUCCCUCAUCGGGGGCGGUGAGACCGGUGCGCCCCACCAAGCGUCACAAUCACACCCGUCACCUCCUACAAACGCGCCAUCCACCAGCAGUCACAGCAUGCAACCCCCUUCGCCAAGGCGUGGCCCUUCGUCGGGACCUAGACCAGACUUGCCGGCCUUCCGUCGCCAUCCAUCCCCAGAGAGACACCCGUACAGCAAUAGCGCCCCGCGAGCUCCCGAGGGGCACACUUACUCCGCUGGCUCACCCUCUCGGGCGUACAACCACGCUCAAGGGUCCCCUGAUCAGGGCCGCUCCACCCUCCCGCAUUCAUCGCAGCCCUACAAACCAAUGGUCUUCCAAGCGCAGCGCCCCUAUCCAUCUCCUUUGAGCGAUCUACAUGCAAGGGACCAACGGCAGGCUGCCGCAAGCGUUCCGCCUCGACCUAACAGUCAGCCAAGUGGCCCUGGGCUUCCGGAACAGGAAAGCAGGGCAAGCUACGAUAUCUUUGGGCAGAGACGUCCGCCAAAUGGGCCACCUGAAGAGAGGCGCCGGACAUUAGGAGAGAGUCAUCAUUCACGACCCAGUGCUUCAGAGCUUGGACUCGGCGGUGCCUCAGAGUCUGCAUCGGACCGCGACCGUCCGUCCACCGUUCAGCCAGUUUCGCAAUCCGCUUUUGGGCCUCCCAAUGUGUCCCGAGGGGCAAUUGGACCACAGCCCCCGCGCAGUUUGUGGCGUCAUCCUCUACCAGAAGAACCCACCCGAGAACCUGAACCGCGAAGGGAGGAGCCACAUGGAAUCUUCCGCGGCUACGGUGGCUAUUCGGCACCACCACAAGGCCCAUCACCUUACGGUGGUCCUGGCCCUGAAGACAUGGUUCGAGGACGAAGUCUGGACCACUUGAGCCAUCGAGUUGUGGAACAGUACCACGCGCCUCCAACCUCUGAUCCUACGUCGACCGACCGACACAAGUCGGAGCAAUUAUCUCGUUCCUUAUCCUCUGGAGGCCGCUAUAUGUACGAUCAAAACAGGCCAUUCUUGGCGUUUGGACCUGACGCCAACCGCCGCACCGGUCGAGCGUCUCCGCUUCCACAAGCCGUGCAGGGCGCACAAGCACAGCCGCUCUCAGUCGGAAAGGACCCACACGUUAAGAGUGAAUUCGGGCGAAUGUUUUCGGGCCUCGGUGGCUUGGGAAGUUCAACGCCAUCGAGAGGCAGUCCGAUGCCGCAAGGUGCACAUGACUCGCUUCCUCCUGGGACAGAUAUCAAUGAACAUCUCCGUCUUCAGCGAGUUAGCUCGCAAAAUGGACGGAAGCCGAAACGUGUCAAGGAUGAGGAGGUCUUUGACGAAGACGACAACGAUGGACGGAACACGCCCCUUGGCAUGCGAGGCAACAAGCGCAACAAGCACUCUCAUCAUCACCAUCACCACGCGCAUGCUCACCAUAGCCAUCACCACCACCAUAAGGGAGACGAAGAAGGCCUACCAGCGACUAACGGAAACUCCAACGGCCCUCCUCACCACCACCACCAUUACCACGGAGCACCACACCACCACCAUCACGCUCCAAGACCUUUCCAGCCGUCUGUACCGUCACCCCCUCCACCUCUGAAAGUUCACAACAUACAACCCAUCCUGGACGAGGCCGCACAAAAUCCCCGCAAGCAUCUAGGAAGCCAGCUCUAUGCCACAACGACCGAAUUACCUAAACCUAACUCCUCUUUGGACGAUCAAUUUGGCUAUGCUUCAAGGCCAAAAGAAUUACCACGCUUCUCCAUCAACCCCAUCAAUUGCACAUAUACCAUCCGAGUCCCUCGCUUCUACUUGAAGCCGCGACAAAGGCAACAGAUUGUGCUGCAGCGUCAUCUAUGGGGCGCACGUGUUUAUCGUGACGAUUCGGACCCAAUAGCUGCUGCGAUCCACUCUGGAUGGAUUCGUGGCGAAUGGGACGAGACGGUGGACGUGAAGAUGUUGGAUUCCCGACUGUCCCAGGCAAACGAUCCGAGCGACGCCCAAGACACGCUGGAACAGAUUCCGGCAGCUCCCAUUAUACCACCUGCUGAUAUGGAUCUGCAAAUCGAGCUUUUGAUACUCCCUAAGCUUGAGGAAUUUGCAGGGACGACUGAAUACGGCAUCACCAGCCGCAAGAGCUCCAAUCACGACGGGCUGAGUUUCACAAUCAACAAGAUCCGCUGGGUGGACGAAGGCCUGGGAGGCCGUGGACAGGAAAGGACAGCAGCGGCAUUGAAAAGGCGCUUAGAUGCAAGCGCUGCACUCUUGUCGUUGAAGAGUGGUGGAGACGACGCGUUCAGAGCGGUGAAUGGCAUGACGAAGUUGUCCGCUUGA